CUGGUCAACAGUUAACAAGCCAACCAACCUAUCCUAUUAAAGAGAUAGGAUACCACACCUUCAAAGGAGACCUAUCUUUUCAGAGAAGUGUUGCGCUGAGAGCUGGGCUGUAGUAUAAAAGCCCAGGUAGGGAGAAUAUCUUUGAAUUACUAAGGGAGUUCAGAAUGUGCUAAGGGAAAAGUUCCAUUAGCAAUUUCAGAAGAAAACAGAAGUUUUAAGGGAGAGUAUCAUGCUAACUUGUCAUUCUACUAUGAUUUCACCUAUAAUUUAAUAGCAAAUUACAAUAUUCUUCUUUGCUGACAUCAACUUAAGAGUGACUACUCACAUUGUCCCAAGUAUGGCUUCGAUUUUACCUGCUUCCAAUACAUCCAUGAGAUCUGACAGGAAUAAAUACAUUGGAAAAGGUUUUGUUCAUGUUAAAAAUCCUUACCUCGACUCUAUGGAUGAAGAUAUUCUCUACCACUUGGAUUUAGGAACAAAAACACACAACCUACCAGCAAUGUUUGGAGAUGUAAAGUUUGUCUGCGUUGGCGGGAGCCCCAACAGAAUGAAAGCAUUUGCACUGUUUAUGCACAAGGAGCUCAGAUUGGAGGACAGCGAAGAGGACAUAAAGGACAUCUGUGCCGGGACAGACAGAUAUUGUAUGUACAAAAUUGGUCCCGUGCUCUCCAUCAGUCAUGGCAUGGGCGUCCCCUCCAUUUCUAUUAUGCUCCAUGAACUCAUUAAAUUAUUGUACCAUGCUCGGUGCUGCGACGUUACCAUUAUCAGAAUCGGUACCUCAGGGGGAAUAGGGAUUGCACCAGGGUCUGUUGUAAUAACAGAUAAAGCCGUAGACUCCUUCUUUAAGCCCCAGUUUGAACAGGUCAUCUUGGACAAUACCAUCACCCGAAGUACAGAACUUGACAAAGAACUGGCUGAGGAACUACUCAACUGUAGCAAAGAAAUUCCUGACUUCCCAACUCUCAUUGGACAUACGAUGUGUACCCAUGAUUUUUAUGAAGGCCAGGGUCGACUAGAUGGAGCACUGUGCUCAUUUUCCAGAGAAAAAGGGCUAGAUUACUUGAAGAGAGCAUAUAACGCCGGCAUCAGGAAUAUUGAAAUGGAAUGUACAGUGUUUGCGGCCAUGUGUAGACUUUGUGGUCUAAAAGCUGCUGUAGUCUGUGUGACACUUCUCAACAGACUUGAAUGUGACCAGAUCAACUCUCCACAUGAUGUUCUGGCGGAAUAUCAGAAAAGACCUCAGCUCCUAAUUGCCAAGUUCAUCAAACAGCGGCUUGGACUUCAUGACUAGACAUCAUAGCUGGGCAGCUCAAUCCUUCCCCAUAAGGAUUUCAGUGCACCACAGAAUAGGAUUAGAGGCUUAGGUUUGCCCAUGUUUGUGAUUUUAUAACAACUCGAGAUCACACAUUGAUUUUUGAAUGAAAAUCCUUGGAAAUGCAAAGAAAGAUCUCCAUUUUUCUUCUGAAAUCACAAAUGAUUACAUCACCUUCUAGCAAUUUGCUUUUCUUUUAAAAGGAAAUGUGUUUUGGAAAAGGCUGUAUUCAUGUCUAUAUUAACCUCAUAGGCUGAGGAAUUAAUAACAACUGAAUUUAGACUUGAAUUCAAGAUGUUAAACCCAUCCUUUUGUGUGAGUUUGAAGCAGAUCUUGCCUGUGCCCUGCCUGCACCUUGCCUAUUCAGUUUGACCUUCUGGGAGGCCUGAGGUCACUUAGAAGGUGCAUGACACCCAGCAUGAGUUGAUGCCGCCUAGGAGUUCUAAAGCUGAUACUCUUAGGAGUUGGGAGGCAUGGAUGGAGGAUGGGUGGAGGAUGGCUUAUAAUAUUAAAUAGUAUGUAAUGUUGUAUACAUAUAUUUAUAUUGUUAUGGUUCAAAUAAAGUUUAAUUCCAACCAUGAAAGAUUUUUUUCCUGCUUAUAAUUAACAAUAAAUAAUACCCUGAAAAGUGAAUAAGUUUGGGAGCUUUUUUUGAACAUAGAUAUGUUUGACAUGUAAUUUAUUUAUUCUUUGGUUGCACCCAUGGUAUAUGGAAGUUCCCAGGCCAGGGAUUGAAUCCAAGCCACUGCUGCAACCUGCACCAGGCCAAGGAUCAAACCCAAGCCACUGCAAAGGCAGUGCUGUAUCCUUAAGCUGUGCCACAGCGGGAACUCCCUUGACAUGCAAUUUUUAAGGCAUCCCAGUAAUUGACCAUCAAAUACUGAGAUCAGAACUAAAAUAAAAGUAAGGUAGAAUAACAUGGCAGUCAUUAGUGGGGUUUUCACUGUGUUUCAGAUUUUUCAUAGACCAAAUAGAAAC